AUGAUUGGAUUUCUAUACAAAUACAUAGAUAGACAAAUAAUUCUGAUCAUCUUACUAUUAAUCAAAGCCAUGGCGACUGUUAUGAUACCGUAUUCGCAGCAAUUAUGGCACCUAUACCUGUGUAUCAGUCUAUACGGUUUGGGCUCCGGGGCCUGGAAUAGUGGGAACAGGGUUUGGGUGCUCGAAAUGUGGUCAAAACCGGCUCAAUCCGGUGCUAUAUUGCACCUAUCUGGUUUUAUUAACAACGAUACUAGACUUCAGUCCGUUAUGACCACAAUAAACCCGACCACUGCUAUAACCAGUGAUUUACUAUCGAUGAGACGUUUUAAACUGCAAAGACCUUUCUUUAUAUUUGGCAUCUUCAUAGAUAGCAAGUAUGGGCCACUAAUGAUGGGACUAAUAUUUUUCAUUAAGCGAUUUAAAAACAACCAAAAAUGUAUUGACAGCAAAAGCAGCUCUAAAUACCGAACCAAACAGUCGGGCGACUACCAGUGCCAACAGGUUAUGCUGAUAGCACUGGUAUCCAUAUUCCUGGCCUUUUUCACAGUAUCCGAAACAAUAUACCUGCGCUUUGGGGCCACGUAUUACCAGUACAUACCCCUAGAGUUAACGGCCGACCAGUCGGCGGGUAUGGUCUCAAUGAUGGCACUCAUAUACACUAUCGGUCGGGGCAUUAGUUUUCUACUGUCCAUCGAACUACAGCCGCAGCUCGUUAUCGGUUACCAUACAUUUGUGUUGAUGGUGUCGUUCGUGGUGUUAAUGCUGGGUCAAAACACGCUCACCUUGCUGCUUAUUGGCAGUUUGACCAUGAGUUUUGGCUACUCGUGCGUAACGGCGUCUACGUUUGCCUACAUUGGCCAGUAUGUCGAGAUGACUGACCUGUCAAACGAGACAAAUAAAACCAACACCAAUCGGUUCAGAAAGUACCCAAUACUAGAACAUACAAUCCCGCAAAAGUGGCGCGAGUGCCCUUACUUGUUCAAUGAUGCCAAAAUGAGCGAGGUGGUCGAGUGGUGGUUUGAGUAUUCGCAAUUCACCAGGCCCAAUUUUGAAAAACGGUGCGGCGAUAGCAUGGCCAAAUUCGCCGCCCUAUUCUACCCGGAUUGUAAAUCCAUGGACCGAUUUCAGCGCAUAGUGCAAGUGUUUGGGUAUCUAUUAAUUUGGGACGACCAUAACGACCAGCUUAAUGGCCAGAUCAAUCGCUGCGAAUCGGUUGGCUUGCCCUUGAUCGAUCAGUACAGGCAGUGUUGCGAUAGGCUUAAAAUGCAAUUCAAAAUUACUGAUCAAGAUGGUAAGGGUGCAAAAUUUAUGGACAUGUCCCGCUGGAAGCCGUACGUGUUGUGUGUUUAUGCAAUGGCCGAGUCUAUGAUGCAGUCGAUGCCGGCCACACAGCGCCGGCGUUUCAUCACCAGUUGGGGUAAGUAUUUGGACGGACAGGAGAGUGAGAAUCGUAUGAUGGAUAGGCAGGAAAGCGUGGAAUUGGAUGACAUUAUUCAGACCCGUAUGGGCAGUGCGGCCAUGGAUUUUAUAAUGCAAAUCAUUGAAUACUCGGACGAAAUACAAGUGCCGGACAGCGAGUGGUGUGACCCGCGUAUCGCACGGCUCCGGGAUCUUUGCAAUCUGUGUAUGAUUUACGUGAAUGACGUCUACUCUUUCGAGAAGGAGCUCAACGAACAGAACGGAGUGUUGGAGAGAAUGCGAAUCAAUUUAGUCGCCUAUCACUCGCUCCGGGAGGGCAUCACUAUAGCCGCGGCUAUGGCUAAGACACUGGACGUCAAUCGCGAAUACGAUGCGGAGUUUGACCGCUUGUGCGCCGAUGUGUUGACUUCGGACGAGUUUUGCGCCGACACUAAACAAUACGUGCGGUCUCUGGAGGCCGUGCUUUGCGGCACUCAUCGCAUUCACGUUAUCGCAAAUCGUUAUAACGAAAUCAAAUAA